AUGCUUUCACAAAAUAUUCUAAGUAUUUUUCUUAUCCUUACGUUACCCUCUUACAUUAUCUCAGCACCAUCAUCUUAUUCGAAAUGCCCGAAACUUGGAGCAAACGAACCACUUAUAAAAUAUAAUGUACUGUUGAAAACAUCUAGUGCAAAUUAUGAUUCUGUUGUGAAAAAUCAUUUUGAAAUGUUACAAGGAUGCCUACAAAAAGAGAAAAUCAAUGUUCAUAAAUUUGAUUUUUCAUCCGUUAAAGAUACUAAAAACGAUAAUGCGAUUUUCGAUUUCAGUGUAAAUGGAAUGAUUGCUGGAUACACUACCACAUUUACCAAAAGUUUUGUUGUGGAUUAUUUGUCUAAACUCGAUGAUGUUGAAUUGGUAGAAGCAGAUGGAGUUAUUGAAAAUGCAUUUGAUAUAGGAAUUUCUAAUAGCACGGGUUUUGAACGAAGAGCCGAAAGAGAUGCUACAAAUAUACCUGAAAAGUAUCCUUUGGAUAAUAAAUAUAAAUAUCCUGAUAGUGCAGGAACGGGAGUUGAUAUAUAUGUACUAGACACGGGAAUUUAUCUUGAUCAUGAAGAAUUUCAAGGUAGAGGUGGUACAACUCUUGUUGAAAAGAGUUUUUGCGAUGAAAUAAAAGAUGAUGACGGACAUGGAACAAAUGUUGCCAGUAUUAUAGCAGGAAAAACUUAUGGAGUUGCAAAUAAAGCAAAUUUAAUCGGUAUCAAAAUAGCAGGAAAAACUUGUCCAAUAACUUCACAAAAUAUAAUUAAUGGAAUAACUUACGUCAUGCAACAUAAAAAAGAUAAACCUGAUAAUAAAAUUGUUAUUAAUUUGUCAGCGGUUAAUAGAAAUGGAGAUGAAGCUCUUAAAACGGUAGCAAGACAAGCUGUUGCGGCUGGAAUUCAUUUUAUUGCCGGAGCUGGCAAUGACAAUAGAGAUGCAUGUUUGUAUGCUCCAGGUGCUGUUGAAACGGUAAUAACUGUUGCUGCAACAAAAAUCACCAAUCCUCCUAAUCGUCAAGAUUGGGUUACUGAAUUUACCAACUGGGGAAAAUGUGUUACAAUUUUUGCUCCAGGUGUGGAUAUUCAAGCAGCUGGAAUUGGGAGUACUAGCGAAAUUGUUAAAACAGUAGGAACAAGUGUUGCCGCUCCGCAUGUUACUGGUGCUAUGGCUUUGAUUCUUGCUGACGGAGAUUUGGAUUAUGAUCCUGAACAAGCUAAAGCAAAACUUCUGAGUUAUGCUACAAAAGAUCAAAUUAAAGGCCUUGAUUAUCGACCAACUGCCAAUUUGUUGUUGCGUGUCCCACCAAUAAACUGA